AUGUCAAAAACGAAAGGGGAGAUAAUUUAUGGAGGAGUCAAGGGAGAUAAUCGGCUAAUAAUUUACCGAAAUACGAUUGGUUGCCUGCAUUUUGUGAAGAAGAAUGAUUGGCUGUUUUCCGCGGCAUGAUUGGAAAUCGCGGGAAAUGUAAACAUUGUCGGCAGAGAAAAUCCGCCAUCCCGUACUUCUUCGUGAGAAAACAUUAGACAAAUUUAGCAUGUUGGGGGAAGUUUUAUGCUCUGGAAAUUCCGAGAAUAAAGAGAAUGAAUGUGUCUGUGAAAAUGGAGGUUUACCACAGUCAAAACAUGUACAUCAGAAGAGAAAACCAUUAAAGAUAGCUGUAGAAGGUAAUAUUGGCUGUGGCAAAUCUACAUUCCUACAGUACUUCUCCAAAUGCCCAUGGGCCAAGGUGUUUCCUGAACCCAUCUCCAUGUGGAAAGACGUACACGGCCAUAACACGCUGAAGAUGAUGUAUGAAGACCCACGGCGGUGGAGCUUAGCCUUCCAGUCCUACGUACAGCUGACCAUGCAGAAUAUUCACUGUGCACAACUGUCAAAGAAAGUCCGAAUGAAAUUCAUGGAACGAUCUAUCUUCAGUGCCAGAUAUUGUUUCGUUGAAAAUCUCCAUUUUAGUAACUUGAUGCAUGGAGUGGAUUCGGCCAUCUUGGAUGAAUGGUUUCAUUGGAUUCUGAAGAAUGUGGAUGUCAACUUAGACCUGAUAGUGUACCUUAAGGCAUCUCCACAAACUUGUCAUAACAGAAUACAGCGUAGGCAGAGAGGAGAGGAGUCAGCCGUGUCCUUGAAAUAUUUGGAGGUGUUACACGAUCUUCAUGAAGACUGGUUGAUCCGAGAAAACAGAUUUAAACUUCCUGCACCAGUAUUAGUGUUAGAUGCAGAAUGUGACGUGGACACUUUGGUGAAAACAUUCAAGUCUCAGGAGAAAAUGUUAUUUGGAGGAAAUAUCAGCAUUUGAUCCUUUACGGUUCUGAUUUUUAGUUAUCUUUUUUGUUUAUCUGCUGCGCAUUAUUAAAACAUAGAUUGUGCAUAUUUUUAAAUCCAUAUGGUGUGACUGAAUAACUCUUCAUUCAUGAUAAAUGCAGACAUGCCUUUAUAAAUUUCAUUAAGGUAUUUUUUGGACAAAUACCUUAAGAACAUCUUACAUGUAUCAUAACAAUGCCUCAUUGUUCAGAAAUUCUUCAUAGCUUUUAGAUUUUUUAAAACAACUGCACUGAAUUUUAUUUAAAAUAUAUGAUUGAAGAAAAAUCUUCAUGAAAGUAUUUAUCUCAAAUUUACACUUUCACUUUAAAUUUAUGUAAUUUAAUACAACAUCUUGAUUGUAUUCAAAGUAAUGAAAUUAUCCACUGAUAUUGGAAAAUCCAUUUUUGGAUUACAGAGUGCUUGGAUGUACUAAAAUAGAAAUUAUCUCAGCCUGCUGGAACAAUAUUUAAAGUGCUUUGUGUUGUACAAACUAGGAGGAUUUAUCUUGUCAAAUUUGGGAUUUUUUUUUUCCUGAAUUGAUUUUUUGUACAUACAAAUCUCUAGAAUUGUUAGUCUUCAACAGCUAGUUUUAUUAACCUUUAUUUUGUCUUAUAAGUUAUUGUUUCCAAACACUCUGUUUCAUGGGUGGUUUCAUUUUACUAUCAUCACAUCUACCUCUGAUAACAAAUACAUA